AUGACAAGCUCCUCUACUUCAAGGUCCAUUGACGUCCCCAAAACAGCAUGGGAAACGCGGAGUGCUACAGAAGCCAUGCAGAGUGUGGCCGAUAUUAUGAUAUCAGUAACCGAGUCCUUCAGAAAACAAUUUCGGGAACCUCAAGACGUCAGCAAUAUGCACUUGAAACUCAACGGACGUGAAAACACAGGAUGGAGAGCGCCGGCCCCGGUGCUUGUCUCCCACGUCGCCAACGGCGAUAACGAGCUGCACCGUACUCAAACGUCACCUCCCAGGCCUGGCACAGCUUCCUCAGUAUUGAACCCCCCGAGCUGCGAUCUGACGAUCUCUUCUGUACUGUUUGAGAAUUCAGGCCCCUUUCUCAUCGACCAAAAUCCAACAGCAAAAAUCCAACGCUGUUUUGGCAGCCUAGAAUCGCAUUCGUCUUCGUUUGAACAUGUCAACUCAUGUUCAAACAUCGCAUGCUGCAGUGGUUCUUGUGGGAUUUUACCUCCUGAGCCACGUGCAACUUCUUCUCAAUACCCUUAUGUGUUCGAAGCUGCACAAAAGAUCGUCAUCAGCCAGCGGGGCAGAGGCCUGGUCGAUACAUCACCAAUGCUCAACCGCGAGCACCUGAGUCCAGCAACAACAGCACAGACUACCACUCUGGAAGAACAAACCCGGUGGACACGACAGACACCUUCGUGUCAAGCGCAAUUUCCGUUUAGACAAAUCCCUACGAAUACCCUCUCUUCUACCAAAGAGGUUUCAUUGGUGGCCGUUAUCAGUCUUCAUCAGAUCCUCAUGUUUGCCGGCCUUUCCCAGGCCAUGGCCCCGGCUCUUGUAAUUGCACGUUCAUUCAUCAACUUGCCGGCGGGCCAACACUCUUGGUUCACCGCGGCCUAUGCCCUUAAUCUAGGAGUCUUCACAUUACCUUCGGCCCGUAUUGGGGAUGUCUUUGGUCACAGACACGUCAUUGUAUUUGGUUGUUUUUGGUUUGGGCUCUGGUGCCUCCUUGCUGGAUUUUCUCUUAAGGUGCAAGACGGUGGGUGCAACGGUGCCAUAUACUUCUGUAUCUGCCGCGCGAUGCAGGGCAUAGGAUCAGCACUUUGCGUACCCAACGGUUUGUCUAUUCUCGAAUCAGCUCUCCCUCCGGGAGAGAGGAAGGAUGUAGCACUGUCGUUAUUCAGCGCCGCCGCGCCCUUCGGUUUCGUCAUUGGCGCCGUUAUGGCAUCCUUCUUUGCCAUCCACAAAGUCUGGUACUGGUCAUUCUUUGCCCUCUCCGCCGUUUGUAUUGCAGCCGCAGCACUGAGCGCCCUCGUCCUCCCACGCCAGCAGUGUCGUAGGUUGUAUUCCAACAACACGCCUUGGGUAAAUCUCGACGUAUCGGGUAUCGGCCUCAGUGCUACAGGACUUGCUCUGUUCUGUUUUGCAUGGAACCAGGCACCUGCAGUUGGCUGGCGAACCCCUUACAUAUACUUUCUUCUAAUAAUUGGGCUUCUAUUCUUACUAGCUUUUCUACACAACGAGACCCUAGUAGACAAUCCUCUGCUACCUAUACGAGCAAUGAACUCAGCAACGGCUCUCAUUCUGGCCUGCACGGCGGCGGGUUGGGGGUCUUUCGUCAUAUGGGUCUUCUACAGCUUCCAAUUCGCCGAAGUGUUGCGCGACUGGGACCCUCUUUUUACCAGCGCAAGUUUUGUGCCGCUUGCCAUCGAGGGUUUCGUGGUGGUCUUGUUGCUAGCGUACUUGAUGCCCGACAUGGAGAUAUACUGGGCCUUUCUCGGGUCUCUAGUGGCUUUGCUUUUGGCGUCUAUUCUGACGUCCACAGCUCCUGCGGACCAGGUAUAUUGGGCGAAUAAGUUUGUGAGUACUUUGCUCGCACCACUUGGGAUGGUCAUGUUGAGCCCCCUUGCGACCACACUUCUGAGCAACAAUCUUGCAGAAGGUUAUCAAGCCGUCUCAGGAAAGCUGGUACUUGCCGUCACGGGAUUCACUCUUUCACUGAAUCUGGGAAUGGCGAGGUCCAUCGAGGUCCAAGUAAACAAUGAUGGACAGAACAUACUAUCUGGGUAUCGCGGAGCGCAAUAUUACGGUUUGGGUCUUGGAGGCUUAGGUGUAAUUUUAGCACUGGCGUUGUCGAUUCGGCGCUCAGCUCACAGGAGAGAGCGACUAGCCUGUUGA